AAUGCGGGAGGAGGAGAGAGGGCCAUCUAGUCAGCAAGCAGCAAGGCCAGGCAGCUCUCUGCGCGCUCGAAGGCGGCCGCGGUGGUCGCGGAAGGGCUGGCGCCCAGACCCGGGCUCCCCAUGGAGGCGCCUGAGCUGGGCCCGGGGCUGGUGGAGCGUCUGGAGCAGCUGGCAACGUGCCCGCUGUGCGGGGGCCCCUUCGAGGACCCGGUGCUCCUGGCGUGUGAGCACAGCUUCUGCCGCGCGUGUUUGGCCCGCCGCUGGGGGGACCCGCCGGCGACCGGCACGGAGGCGACCCCCACCGCCUGCCCGUGCUGUGGCCAGCCAUGCCCCCGCCGCAGCCUGAGGUCAAACGUGCGGCUGGCAGUGGAGGUGCGAAUCAGCCGUGGGCUGCGCGAGAAGCUGGCCGAGCCGGGGGCUCUCACUGGCAGACGCCGCGGGGGCCGCAUCCCCACCAUGGGCAGCCUGGAUCCGCAGGGAGAGGAUAUGAGGACGACAUGGAGACGAUUUGAUGCCCCAAUGCCCAAGUCAUCUAACUCAGAGGAUGAUUUCCCUGAAGAUUACCCAGUGGUCAAAAACAUGCUUCACAGACUGACUGCCGACCUGACCCUGGACCCCCGUACCGCGCACCGCGGCCUCCUCAUCUCUUCCGACUGUCGCAGUGUCCGCCUGGCCCCACCAGGGACACCCGCGCCCCCUGACAGCCCUGCGCGUUUCGACCAGCUCCCAGCCGUGCUGGGCGCACAGGGCUUCGGUGCUGGACGCCACUGCUGGGAGGUGGAGACAGCGGACACCGCUUCCUGCAAGGACUCCUCUGGGGAGGAUGAGGAUGACAGGGAGAGCCGCUACGCCGUGGGGGCAGCCGGGGAGUCAGUGCGACGCAAGGGCCGAGUUGGACUGUGCCCCGCAGGGGCUGUCUGGGCCGUGGAAGACCGUGGGGGCCGCCUGUGGGCCCUCACGGCCCCCGAACCUACCCCACUGGGCGGCACUGGGCCCCCGCCGAGGCGUAUUCGUGUGGACUUAGACUGGGAGAGGGGCCGGGUGGCUUUCUAUGACGGCCGUUCGCUUGAUCUCCUCUUUGCCUUCCAGUCACCAGGCCCCCUGGGGGAGCGCAUCUUCCCACUGUUUUGCACCCGAGACCCCCGAACCCCGCUUCGCAUCAUACCCGCAGAAGGCUGA